AAGCACCCUUUGCCCCCCCCCCCCCCAGUAGGAAUGGGAAAAUUGCACCAAAAAAAAGCUUUGUCUGUGGUUUGCCAUUUAUUUAUCAACACGAUUUGUCAAAGAAAAGUAAAUUUUUAAUAAUUCCCAUGCAAUCUCACUAUGAAUUAUCGAAAUAUGCUUUUACUACAAAAGUGCUUGUAUUUUAAUUUGUAUGUGUUUUUAGUCUGGAUUUUAGUUGUGUCAUUUUUUCUUUUUAUGAAGCUCAGUAUCCUAGGGCAUCUCACAAAAUAUUUAGCACUUACAGUGUUCACUUUGCUGAUUAUAAUAGAAUCGACAAGAUUGUACCUUGGUCAUUACGGAAACUUGUCUUGUAGAGUACCUGAACUGGCUGGGUUUCUUAUGCUUACCACUCUGAUGCAAAUGCCACUAAUCAGUUUCUUUCUGUUCAAUCCUUACCUGCUGAGUACACCAACAGAAAUAGUCCUACAUGGAAUUUUAUGGGUUGUUACUAUUUUUGAAGUGGUAUUAAGUUUUCUAGCUCUUAGGCAGGCUUCAUCAAUAGCAAAAAGGAUUUAUUUAAAGCAGUGCAAUAACUGAGUUGUCAAUAUGAUGUUUACUGUGAAAAGUGUAAGAACUUUUUUAAAUUUACAUUUUAGACAAACUUAUAUAUUGCUUAAAUUCCAAGAUAAGUAAAGCCCCUGUAUUAUAUUAUUAUUAAUGGCUGUGAACUCUAAAGACUAUAAUUGAAGGCCUUACCUAAUUUAACCAUUAAUGGAAUGUUGAUUUAUAAUAAUUUUUAGCUAUAUGAAGUGUGAUUGAAGUAUUAUGGAAUAUAGAGUAAGUAACUACCUUGUUCAAAUAAAUUUGAAAAUUUAAUUAAAUACAUACAAUUCAAUAAAAUAUUAUUGAAGUUGUUUGACAACUUUUAUUAUACAAUUUUAAAUGGAAAUCCAAUUUUAUUAUUAAAUAAACUUAGUAUUCUUAAAAGUUGUACAGUUUUGAUAAAGACCACAUUAUAAUUUUACUAAAACAAUGUUUCUUGCAUACUCUUAUUGUUAUCAUAUUAAUAAGAAUUUCAGUGUUAAAAUAUAACUGUUAAUUACAGUAAAUGAUAUUUACUGUUGAUUUUUAAAAUCAAUAUUUCAUUAUACUAUGUUAUCAACCAUAUGUCAAGGCACUAUAUAGCCAGAAAGAAACAUUGUUUUAAUUAUAACAGCACUGAAUAAUUUAAGUAAUACAUUUUUAUAAUCUUGUUCAAAAUCAUGAUGGUUUAUUGGAAACCUGACAGUUAAAUAUAUUUCAAUUCCAUCAUCAUAUUGAUACAAGUUAUAUUCACAUCCCCCCACUAUUGGAGAAUAGAGCAGAC